CUUUGGUAGUCACCACUGUAUUGAUGAGUUAAUCCUUUACCGGAGAGUCUAAGAAUAUUAAGAAGACUAAAUCAUGUGUAACAGCUCUUACUUCAUUUGUUAUCAUGUAAUUAGUAUUAACGUUGGAAAAUCUGCACAUAUGGGAGGGGAGAUAAGGUGACUUUAUAAAUAAUCAAGUUAUGUCAAAUAAAGUGUUUUGAAGCUGUACACACAUCAUUCCAGUGAGGGUUAUCAGCAAGAUAUUGUAUAAUUUUACCAGAAGUGGUCAGUAGAGGGGGCAAGAGGAGUUUUUGGUAACUCUGUUGGUUUUGUUUUUGUUUUCGUGAACUCAAAAACAAGAGAUGAGUAGAAGCCAGGAUGAACCUCCUUACGAAUUUGAGAAGCAGUUUAUAUUGCGUCUGCCUCUGGAACAUGCUUCUACUGCCAGAAAGAUAAUACGGUCUGGAAGUGCUGCCAUGAAGGAUAAACUGAAAAUUGACUUAUUGUCUGAUGGACGUCAUGCAGUUGUUGGGGUUGAAGAUGUCUCACUAUCUGCUAAGCUGGUUGAUUUGCCUUGUGUUGUUGAAAGCCUGAAAACUCUGGAUAAAACAACUUUUUAUAAAACGGCAGAUAUUUCCCAGAUGCUUGUGUGCACUGCUGAUGGUGGUGUCCACUCUCAUCCUGAAGAACCGGUUACCUCUACUGAUCUUAAAGCAAUCAGGAAAAGUAAAAAGGAGAGACAGAAAAAACAUAUCUGGAAGCAUGGCAUUACUCCACCACUUAGGAAUGUCAAAAAGAGAAGCUUCUGCAAAACAACAAAAGAGGUCACUGAUAUCAAACAAACUGAAGAAGUCAGCUUUCCUGAGGAAGAGGACAUUUCUGCAGAACACAGGGUGUUAAGUGAUGGUACUGGUAUUCCUUCUUCUCCAACUUUGGUUCAGCAUGUUGAACCUCCUGAUGUGGAAAAGGAAGUGAAAAGACUACUGCACUCAGAUGCUGAAGCUAUCAGUGUCCGAUGGGAGGUCAUUGCCGAAGGUGAAACCAAGGAAAUAGAAAGUCAAGGCUUCAUUCCAGGCUUUGAGAUAGCCUCAGAAAUGAGUGGCUGUAAGCAGCGUCAUACCUUACCAGAAUAUGGUGUGUUUCGGGAGAUGGUCAAUGACUCUAGCAGUAACAGUGAAGUUGAGGAUGAUAAGGAGGAAGAUGAAGAGGGAGAGGAGGACUAUGAUGAUGCGGAUAAAGACAAGGAAGAGGAAGAAGAUUAUUAUGAAAUGUAUAUGGAAAGGGAGCUACAGGACAAGUUCACUGAAUCUGGCCAGUAUGAGGCAAAGGAGGGAACCAGCUCAAUGGUCAUGAAAAUUCAGAAGCAGACUCAUUACGUGGAGAAAAAACUCCAAGAGAUUCAGUGCAAAGCACAAAGACAGAAGAAGCUCAUUAUGAAAGUGGAAAACCUAAUGCUCAAGAGUCAUUUACAGUCUGUGCUGGAGCAGCUUAAGCUACAGGAAAAACAAAAAAAUGAGCAGCUCAUUUAUCUACGGAAAAGACUGAACUAUUUUCUGAAGAAGUGAGGAGAGCCUUCAGCCUGGCACACAAACCUUGGCUUCACCAUCCAGACUGAAGACCUAGAUGAAAUUGUACCUGUUUCUUCUCCUUUCUUUGCCUUAUGUUGCAUCAUUUGUAUUUGUUUCUCUGAACGUUUUUUUUUUUUUUGCUAGUUAUAUUCAAAGUUUGUAGCCAUGUAGAAAGGGACAAAGUAUUAAAAAGUAGUAGACCUGAAGACCCAACUUAACUAUGGGACUUUGCUUCUCUUUAUCAAUUUGAGAAUUAACUUAAAUUGUUUCUCUUUUAUGGUGUCUCAGAUGAUUCAGCCAUGCUUGCCAAAGGCAAACAGUCUAACCUGAAGGCUAUACAGCUGGUUUGCAUAGAUUUUUAGCUUUUUCUUCUUCUGUUUGUUCCAAAUAUUUCCUAAAACAUAGAGUCAAACCAUUUCUACCAUGGGCUAGCACCUGCCACAGUGAAUAAGUGCCUAUCUGGCAGCAGUUGAUACUAGGUUGUAUCCUGUCUCUGUUCAGGCAUUAAUGGCUGCUUUCCGGCUCAGGGAUGAUUUCUUGCUGCUGCUAUCUUUGUUCUGUUGUUAAUGGUUUUAGGAUUGUGUCUGGUUGUUAUUUGGCAGCUAUGGGACUAGUUAGAACAGAGAUGAUAUUCUGAGCUGUUAUCCUUAUUCUGAGCCUCUUCUUCCUAACCCCCAUCGGAAAAGGUUAGGAAAAAAAACAGAUACCUGUGGGAGCUCCCUGGUUGCCUAGUGGUUAGGAUUCCAGGCUUUCACUGCCAUGGCCUGGGUUCAGCCCCUUGUCUGGGAACUCCCAUAAGCCUCGUGGCCAAAAAAAAAAAAAAAACCGAACAAAAAACAGAUACUUGUAUUGCCUGUGAAAACUUCCUUAAAAACCCUGGGCCAGUUUGGUGAUUUUCAGCUAUGUUAAGAUUUUAUAGUCUGUAUUCCUUAAGCAAUAAAUAAAUUCCUUAAGUGGAUUACUGUCACUUUAUUAAACAGCUCCCAUGAUAAGUACAU